AUGUCUGACUCGGAAUUGACAGCUAAAAUCUUAAGACAGGUCGAGUACUAUUUCGGCGACAUAAAUUUGUCGAAAGAUAACUUCAUGAAAAACACUCUGCAAGAGAAUGGCGGAUGGCUUCCUUUUGACAUCCUGCUUAAAUUUAAGCGACUGAGUGCCUUGACUACUGACAUUGAGCUAAUUAAAAAGGCUCUUUCAGAAUCAACUCUUUUGGAAUUUGGUCCGGAGGGUGUACGUCGCGUACCCUCCAACCCUGCCCCUGAAAGUCUUAACGAGGCCCUCACUCUUCACGGCGACAAAGCAGUUUAUGCCAAGGGAUUUCCCGUCGAAGCAACACUAGACGAAAUUAUAAGCUGGGUGGAGGAAGUUGCGGGCCCGACACACGAUGUGUUUUGUAGACGGUUUCCAAAUAAGAAGUUCAAGGGAAGUAUAUUUGCAACUUUCAAAACAGCCGAGGACGCCAAAAAGUUUUUGGAAUCAACCGAAUCUGCGGAAUACAAGGGAAAUUCACUCAUUAGGAAGUGGUACAAAGAUUAUGUGGAAGAGAAGAGCGAGGAAAGGAAACUAAGAAAUGAGGAAAAAGCAAAGAAAAAUGCGGCUUCCCAGGACCGUCGCAACGCUGAAGUCGCCUCAAGGAUGACACCGGGUGCUCUCAUUGAACUGGCGGGUCUACCUGCAUCCACAACAGCCAAAACCGUUCCAGAAAAACCAGAUUCCGCUGGAGAUGAACCCGCUAAAGAUGAAAAGGACAACGCGGCUCCAACCGAAGAGUCUGUAGAAGCCAAGUCAGAAACCACGAAUGGUACCAAUGGCGGCGAUGGAGUGCAGACCGUUAACAAUUUAAAGGAAUGGCUUAACUCAAAGCUCGAAAACAGUGUACCAAUCGCGUGGGUUGAUGUAGAUUCGGAACAAAGAAAAGCCAUCGUGCGCUUCAAGGAACCAAACACCGCGGCCAGCGCUCUAGAGAAACUGACCAAAGCCUUUGAAGAUGGCAAAAUUAUGUACAAAGACUGCCACCUCACAGGACGUGUCAUUUCUGGUAGGCUAGUCCUCAUAAUUUUCUUCUAA